AUGGAGGGUGAUGGUAACAAUCAGGUUGCAUUUGGGGAUUUGAUUUACGUCAAGCUUCCUCGCAGUGGUUUGUGGUGGCCUGCUCAGGUUGUUAAUGAUGAUGCUGUUGUUUCGAGUUUGAAACCUAGAAGUUGUCGCAAGGGGGAGGUUCUUGUUCGGGUUUAUGGAAGCCAUUUGUUCUUGAAUGUGGAUCCUGUUAAAUCUUGUUCUGAGUUUGAGACGAUUCUCAAGAAUAAUAAUGGGGAUGUCCCAAAGAUACUCCGCGAAGGUCUUGAAAAGAGCCUUCCUAGCUCGAAGAAAUCAGCAAUGAAGGCCAGAGCAGGAACUCCAAGUAAGAAAGCUAGUAGUAGCAAAAAACAGUCCAACACUAAAGGCGAGGAGCAGACCCCCGCCAAGCGCCAAAAACAGUCCAACACUAAAGGCGAGGAGCAGACCCCCGCCAAGCGCCAAAAACAAAACAAGGAGUCAAAGGACGAUGAUCUGGCUAGCCCAAGUUGUGAAACAGCCACUGGGAAGCUCCAAGAAUUGAGUUCCCGAAGGAUUAGAGUGAUGCAAAGCCUUGGUCUCAGUGCUCCAACUGGUUCACCAUUCAUCAAAGUUAGGGGUAAUUGA